UAUACCCAAGGGAGUGGCAAAGGGGCUGGAUGGGGCAAUCCCCAUUUUUGUUCAACUACAAAACACAUUCUUCUCCGGAAGUGGUUUUAAGAAUAUCUCUUACAAAGUUUUUAAGGAGUGAAUCUUUUUAAUGCCAAGAUCGCAUUAUGGAGAUACCCUCAGAAAUAGUCCUUGGAGCCCAACCCAAGCCGCCAUUAACUAUGAAUUUACUCGACAGGCAAAUCACUCCAUGAAAAUCCCGUACCCCAUUGAUGGAAAUCCUAUCCUUUUUCUGAAAUUCCCUGGAAAUUCUUUUGUUUUGUUUGAAAUCUCGUAUGCAAUUUAUAAGAGUAAGGCGCCCUCGAAUUUACUCUUCUGAAGUCGCUGGUAAUGAGGAGGGUAAACAUUAGGCGGUUAAUUUAGUUUAAUUGCGUCUAAAAAGUAAUUCAUUAUCAUAGUUAAGCUAAGUGUUUGCAUUUUCCAGAAGCUUUGGUACACAACUUUUUGUUUUAAUUGUCAGAAAGAUGAUUUGAGAUGUCAGUGGAAAUGGUCUAAAAUAAGAAGUGUAAACAAAGAAGUGCAAAUCGCCAGCGGUUUUAAUUCGAAUUUGCUUUUCAAUCAAAUUAGUCCAUCCUUUGUGAAAGGCUUUUAAAAGCUUCACAAGCAAACGAAUCAUGCGGAAAAACUGUCGAAGAUUCAAAAACUUCCAAAUAUUUGCUUUAAAUAAAACUAGUGUUAACAAGUAAAGAGCACAUAAAAAUCUCGUUUUAUAGAAAAGGGUGAUACACAAAUAGGUAAUGUGAGAAAUCAGUUGCUGAAGCAUCAACAGCUGUUUUAGGCCACUGGCGGACAUCAAAACUGUACCACUGCUUCACUGAUCAGUGCAUUACUUUCAAAAAUCGAACAACUUCUGGCGCUUAAGGCAGGAAAUCAAAACGCAGGUACAGCUGGUGCAAAGCAAGCACUGACAGAAGACAGCAUUAAAACUAUUGAAAGCUUUGAUUCAGCAAAACAGAGGAAGCGAUGGAAAGACUGACAGCGAUGGUUUGAGUAAUCUUUGUGCAUUGUAUUUGAAGACAUCCCUUAUCGCGAAACCACCAGCUGCAGCAAUAGUUCGGUGUAGCAAAAGCGUUAUUUCUCGAGAGUGAAGCUGAUAACAAGCCUUGAAAGGCGUUUCCUGACAUGGCAAAAAUUGUGGUGUUUACAGUGGAGUCAUCAGUAGCAAUUGCUAUUAACGCGUUUAUUCUCGUUCUUAUCCUGAGAAGCUCGACACUCAGAAAAGCAACAUCAAACAUAUUUCUUAUCAACUUGAUCGUUGCAGACCUUGUCGCUGCAUCAAUGGCAUUAGUGGUAUGCCUAGGACAUUACGCACAAAAAGCGAAAAGGAAGGAGUGGAAAGAGGAAAAUGCAAUAGAAUUGUUUAUGUUUGUAUUUACGUCGACAUUGAUAACUCUUCUGGUUGCAGUGAUACUGGUAACAAUAGACCGAUUCGUCGCUGUCGUAACGCCAUUUCGCUAUCAAGAGCUGUUUACGCGGCGCAAAAUUACAAUAUUAUUGGCAACCAUCUGGGCUAUUGGGGGUGUGAUUCUCCUUGCCGGACUUGUAUGUGCGGUACUUGAUGAUUCUAAGACAUUACAUGUAGCAAAAAGUGUUUUGGAUAUUGUCCUCAUUACGAUAUCCAGUGCAGGUGUUAUAUUUCUGGUCAUCGCCAAUACUGUUAUUUUACGCGCUAUUCGGAAGCAAUUAAAGCUUGAGUCGACCGUUUCCGUGUUCGGCAACGACACCGCAGCGGCGAAAAAGUCCGAAACUAACUUGCGAAAGAAAGAAAUCCGGGCGGUGUACCUUUGCUUUUCGAUUGUCGUUCUUUUUGCGAUUUGCUGGCUGCCAAUCACGGUAGCCCUUGUCCUUGACAGAUCGGUAAAAAAUAGUAAUUCAGGACGCACUUUCAUGGAAUUGGGAAAAACAUUGGUUUUUAUUGGAAUAGCCUUAAAUCCUUGCCUUUAUGUUCCAUUUAAGGCGGAAUUGCGGCAUUUCUUUUGCAAAUGUUUUAGAGGCGGACGGACGGCGAACCAAGAAAUGUCCCUUUCGAACAAAAAGACCAUAGAUCAAAGUACCGGAAAUGUGCCGGAGCACUUCCUUGCAUCCGAACAGGCAAUAUGAUAUCUGGGGUGUAUCGCAAGCCACAUGCAUUAUAAGAACACCAUUUUAUGAGCUAGCAGACUUAUCAUUUUAAAAGGCUGAUUAAGUAACGUCAUAAAAUAUAUGUUUAGAAUUGUUGAAUUUUGACCAAAGUUUAAAGGAAACAAAUUUUACUAAAUAUUGCACAUUUAUGUCGUCUCUCAGACACUACAGACCAAAUACAGCAAAGCUAAAAUUAUGUAUUCUUAUGACGUCAUCACAUGGCCAUUCAAUUUCUAAAAACAUAAUCAUCAGAUAUUGAAAGUUAGUAUUUCUCCAGCCUUGUUUGCUGAUGCUCUGCCUUAAUUCAAGAUGUGAGAGAUGUUUGUCUAAAUCAUUUGGCAAAGGUAGGUUUUCAUUUACCCCGCCCUUUUACAUUUCUUUUUCUAGCAAUCAAUAUUUUCCAAAACACAUAAAACCAAGUUACUCACAAAACCUUCAGUGCACAGUUCCCCCUCCCCUAUCUCCCCCAGUUAAAUAUUUUUCAGCAGUGAACCUUAACCACAAAUGCUUGCAAAAUUGGCUACAAUGUAAUUUGUGCAUUAGCCGUAUUAUCUAGGGCCUUUGGGAAUGGUUCCACUUAAUAAGUGAAACUGCAGGGGUUUUAAGAGCCAAAGGCAAAUGCUAUCAUCUCUCGAAAGAACAGAAUAUGUCUAUUGUAAAAAUAUUCUCAAACGCAUCGUGAACCAAAUUUUAUUGUAUCUUAAGUGCUCUAAGAUAUUUUCUUGUAUCUUAAAGAAGUAAUAUAUUGUGAAUCACUAGAAAGAAAAGAAAGAAAAAUAAAUGCCUUUUAGAAGUUAGUAUAUGGAACAAGAAUGAUAUAAUAUUUUGAAUAA